AUGGCGGUCUGGGACAACGCAUCUUUGACCACGCCCACUGUUGACGUCAUUCUACUUCCGGGUCUUGUCGGGGACAAAGCUAGAAAACUCCUCCUCAUCAUCAACCUCGUUGUGAUCGGACAAAUCGUCAGCGUGUUUGGUAUCGUCGCAAACAUCAUCAACAUCGCCGUUUUCUUCAGACAAGGCUUCAGCGAGAGCACCACCAUCAGCCUCUUCGCUCUAGGUAUCGGCGACCUGUGUGCUCUGUUGUUGCUGCAGUGGUUCACUCUCUGUAUUAACCCUUGGUUCUCCCGACUCCCCCUCUCGUUUAACCCUUCUGAGAUCCAGAGCCUCACCGCCGGCUAUCCGCGAGUCUGUUUUGUUCGCAUCACGGGCUGGAUCACAGCCUUCGUGUCCUUCGAGCGCUGCCUCAGUGUGGCUGUUCCCCUGAAGGUGAAGUCCAUCAUCACCACAAGGGUGGCUGCUUACGUCAACGUUCUCGUGUUUUUCUUUUCUUUCCUGGGCUUGAUUCCCGUCUACGCCACGGCCUACUUUGACUGGAAGUUCUACCCUCAACUCAACACCUCCCUUGUCGGGAUUCUCUACACGGAACACAAAGACGCAGUUCUCGGGGUAUCUCUGUUCAUCACCAACCUCUGUGCUCCCCUGACUUCCUUCGCCAUUGUCAUUAUCUGCACCAGCGUCAUCAGCUUCGAGCUACGUAAAAAAGCAAAAUGGCGACGGCACUGCUCUUCCAGCAGCCAGGCGAUCGUUUCCAGUGAGAAGAAUUCUGGAAAGGAGACUCACGUGGUCGUCAUGGUUACAGUUAUUUCCGUUCUGUUCAUCGUGUCCUCUACCCCGGUGACCUGUCUGCUGACCGUUAGAUCUGUCGUCCCUGACCUCAGCAUCGUCGGCCGGUUCUCUAACCUCAACUGGGUGCUGGCCUCUCUGGGCUUCCUGAUGGAGACCGUCAACUCUAGCGUCAACAUCGUGGUCUAUUACAGGAUGAGCACCAAGUAUAGGGAUACUCUCCACGCGCUCUUUAAGUGCUAG